GUGAAAAAUUCAGAGAAAGUGAAACUAACUUGAUCAACAAUAUAGACAGCUGAAAUAAUCUACUUUUAAAAUCUGAUGAUUCAACCAUCCUUGUGGAUCUCAUACUCUCAGGUAUGUCAUCCUUCAGUGGUCUAAUGACUAAGGAGCUUCAGUGCUCCAUAUGUCUGGAUGUGUUCACUGAUCCAGUCACUGCUCCAUGUGGACACAACUACUGCAAGACCUGUCUGAAUAAGUACUGGGACAACAGCCAGUCCUUCAACUGUCCAUACUGUAAAGAAACAUUCAACCAAAGACCUGAUCUCAAGAUUAAUAUCACACUCCGAGAGCUCGUAGAGCACUAUAAACUCAAAUGUGCUGUGACUAAUCUGGAGGACUAUAUAUGUCAGAAACAUGAGAGGCCUCUAGAGAUGUUCUGUAGAGAUGAUCAGACGUGUGUGUGUCUGAUGUGUGCUGUGAAAGAACACAAGACCCACAACACUGUUUCUGUAGAAGAGGAGAGUCAAGAGAAGAAGACUCAACUGAUGAAGACACAUAAAGACGUGCAGCAGAUGAUUCAGGACAGGAUCAAGAAGAUUCAAGACAUCAAACACUCAGCAGAGGUCAGAAAAAGAAACACAGAGGAGGAGAAAGCAGCCCAUGCUGAACUCUUCACUGAUCUCAUCCGCUCCAUUGAGAGAUGUCAGACUGAAGUGAUGGAGAUGAUUGAAGAGCGGCAGAAAGCAGCAGAGAAAAGGGAGCAAGAGCUGAUUGAAGAGCUGGAGCAGGAGAUCACUGAGCUAAAGAUGAGAAACACUGAGCUGGAGCAGCUCUCACACACUGAAGAUCACCUCCUUCUCUUACAGAGUUAUUCAUCCCUGAGCAGCCUUACAGACCCCAGGAGCUGCUCUGAGAUCAGUGUGGAGACUGAGGAUAGUCAGGAGACUCUGAGCAGAGCUCUGACUCAACUUCAAGACACUCUAAACAGCAAACUCAUUCAAACUAUGUCAGAGCUGAGGUGGAUGCAGCAGUAUACAGUGGAUGUGACUCUGGAUCCUGAUACAGCUCAUCCAAACCUCAUCCUGUCUGAUGAUGGAAAACAAGUGAGACAUGGAGACAUUAGACAGAAACUCCCAGACAUCCCAAAGAGAUUUGAUUUCCUUGUAAGUGUCCUGGGAAAGGUGGGAUUCUCCUCAGGGAGAUUUUAUUUCGAGGUGCAGGUGAAGGGAAAGACUAAAUGGAAUUUAGGAGUAGUCAGAGAAUCUAUUAACAGGAAAGGAGAUAUCCAGCUGAAUCCCAGUAAUGGAUACUGGACUGUGGUUCUGAGGAAUGGGAAUGAAUAUUGGGCCUAUGGUCAUACUACAGUUUCUCUGUCUCUGAGAGUGAAGCCGCAGCGGGUCGGUGUGUUUGUGGAUUAUGAGGAGGGUCUGGUCUCCUUUUAUGAUGUGGAUUCCAGCUCUCAUAUCUACUCUUUCACUGGCCAGUGUUUCGCUGACAAACUCUAUCCAUUUUUUUGCCCAUGCUUUAAUGAUGGAGGUAAAAAUUCAGUCCCACUGAUUAUCACACCUGUCAAUUACAAUAAAUGAGUUGUAUCCCCUUAAUAUGUUUUAGAAACACUAUCAUCCCAAACCUCCUCCUACCCAAAUUAACUCAGCUCUCUGUGCACCUCCGUCUGUCAGUGGAUCACCAGCUUCCUGACAGACAGGCAGCAGCUAGGAAAAUUGUCAUCCAGCACCUGUCCCAUCAGCACUGGCACCCCACAGGGUUGUGUCCUCUCCCCACUGCUCUUUUCUCUCUAACCCAAUGACUGCACAUUUAAAAAACCCUCUCUCAACCUCUUGACGUUUCCAGAUGACACCACACUUAUCGGCCUCAUUCAGGAUGGUGACGAGUCUGCUUACAGACAGGAGGUUAAAGAGCUGGCUGUCUGAUGCAGUAUUAACAACCUGGAGCUUAAGACACUCAAAACUGUGGAGAUGAUCGUAGAUUUCAGGAGAAAACCCCCUGCUCUCCCUACACUCACAAUCAUGCACAGCACUGUAAUGACAGUGGAGACAUUUGGGUUCCUGGGCACCUGUAUCUCUCAGGACCUGAAGUGGGACAAUCAAAUUGAGUCCACUGUGAAAAAGGCCCAGCAGAGGUUGUACUUCCUUCACCAGCUGAGGAAGUUCAACUUGCCACAGGAGCUGCUGAAACAGUUCUACUCCGUCAUCAUUGAAUCUGUCCUCUGCACUUCUAUAACUGUCUGGUUUAGCUCAGCUACCAAAUCUGACCCCUGACCUGAUUUUCUGACUUCUGAGCA